AUGGCAGAAGGAGAUGGUCGCCGCCCAGAGUGGACGUGUGGAUCGUGUUGCAGGUCGGGUCCUGCGGUAUCGAACCGGACGGCGCGCACCACAUGUCGGCGCUGCGGGCUGGCCAAGAAGAGGCGCAAGCCAGAGCUGACCUACUACGACGCAGGGAACGACCGCAUCCUGGACCCAGAGCGCUUGCGGUUCGAGCUGGGGCGCGUUGAGUGUUUGGAGAAGCGCUUCGGCCUGCAGAGCAAGCCGAUCAAGGAUGGCCAAUUCCAAGACUUGGCCUGCCGUCGUCGCCAGCUUGACGAGGAAAUGGUGGCACUCGAGCGGCAGAAAGCAGGCAUCAGGGAGCACGCAGACACCAUCGCGAAGAUCAUGCAGAAAGGGAGGGGCUUGGGGGGCCGGCAUGUCCGACGCCAGGUCUUCAGAGACAGGCCCUCAGGAGACAAGGAGGCCCGCAUCAACAAGCGGGCGCAGGACUCGACGGCGGCGGCGGCGAAGGCAGCCCAAGCAGCAGGGGCAGAGAGGCGCAUCUCUUCUCAGAAGAGGCUGACGGCGGAGGAGCAGCGGCGCAGGCAGCGUCGCGGGGGCGCCGAGAGCAGGCACAGCGAGAACGGGCACCAGCGACGCGGGCCAGAAUCGCGGAGCCUCGGGAGCGCGGCAAAGGCGAAGCUAAGCACUGCGGAGCCCGUGGAGGCGCAGUCGCGGCUGGCGCCCACGAGAGGCGCGGCGGCCUCCAACGACGCGGCCGCGGGCACCUGCCAAUUCGGGGCGGGGCAGGGGGGGUCGCGCAUGGAUUACUCCAUCGCGUCGAGUGACCUCCUGCGCCGCAUCGAGGGGCGCGCGGCGCUGGAGGGGCCGCCCAGUUCACGUUCGGCGGCCAGGCCGCAAUUUAGGGCGCAUGGGCGGGCGAUCGGGAGAGGUUGGCUGGCGGCGCCAGCGGCCUUCCCAGCCGAGGGGCCCGAGGGGUCUCUGCUGGCGCCGACGCCGAGCGAGGUCGCCAGGGCCUGCGCGGAGGCGGACUCGCUAGAGCUGGACAUGAGCGGCGAGGAGGACUGCCACGCGGACAGAGGCGAGCCGCCUCGCAUCAACUGGGGGGCCCCGAACCUCGACGGGGGAGGAGACCGGCAGCGCAGAGCCCAGGAGGCGGGGGCGCCCAACUCUUUGCCCGCGCGCCAAAAACGCCACGAGCUCCGCGAGUGGAUUCGGUCCUCGUCGGAGGUCGGCGGCAAUCAGGCGGCGAAGGCGUUCGGCGCGAGCGCGGGGCUGGGCGCGGACCACUUCAACCCGAGGCAGCUGGCGCCCGUCUCAGCGGAGCUGGUGGAGGUGCGCAUCUCGUUCGGCACGGCGACGGAGGCGGUCGGCACGCUGCCAGAGGCGGCCACGCGCCCCGCGAUUGUCACGCUGGCCAAGAAGGGCGGGGGCCGGAGGGCCUCCGGCCGCAGCGCGGCUCUCAGCUUCCUGGCCCCGGACGCAGCGCGCGACGACCCGCUGUUCCAGCGCGUCUCCAGGCCGGCGGGCGCCUGGGCGCAAGCGCCCCAGUCGGCCGCGAAGCUCGCAGACCGCCGCGCGACCGCGAGCGCGCUCCUUGGCGCGAAGGAGGAGCUGGGGCACAGAAGGGCCGAAAGCAUGGCGGGCUCGGGCCCGGCGGGGGCCGCCCUGCCAGCGCGCCCGCGCAUCGGCUGGAGCACGGGGCCCGCCCGGGCCAUCAGGGGCGACGGGGGCAGUAAGCUGGGCACCAUGAAGUGCGCGUUCUGCACGUUGAAGGUCGCCGUGGAACAGCGCGUCGCCGUCUCGCCGUUGCGCGAGGCGGCGGGCCACCACAAAGGGCUGGACGACGUGGCGGGGCGAGGCGGGGCCAUCGACAGCGCGAGGAUGAGGGCAGCUGGCGAGGGCUGGCUGGGCAGCGGCUUCCACGUGGAGGAACCACGAGCGGAGCUGCGGAUCGAGUUCUGGCGGCUGAUCGAGGGCCACGGCGGGCAGAACAUCAGCACCAUAAAGGUAAAAGCCCUUUGCGCGGAGCACGACGUCCGCGAGGUCCGCAUCUCGGACAGGCAGCGCGCGGGGAACGCCAGGGCGGACAAGCGCGCGAAGGAGGGAACACAUCCUCACGGAGUGGCCCAGGGUCGGCUGGACCGCAUCGCGACGGCGGAUGAUUUGGCGACGCCAGAGGCGACACAGGCUGGAGACGCACUCCUCAGGGCGGCGGACUGCUUCAACGCCAUGGGCUGGAAGCGAUCCGCAGCGCCUGACCUGGGCGCAGGAGGCCGCAAGCGGACUGCGAGAACCCGAGCGCAGACGGAGGCGGAGCGCCCGCUGGAGCUGCCCGAGUUUUUAAAAAAGGAGAUGGAGCUGGAGCUGAAGGCGCCGCCCAGGAAGGACGUGGACGCAGGGGAAGCGGUCGCGACAGAGCUUGUGGUCGAGGCGCACUCCCCGAGGGACCAGGCGAUGGAGCCCCUGGCGACGGUUGCGAGGCCACCUGGUGGCGCCUACGCGGAGACGAACGGCGGCGUGCAGUACCACCCGUCGCCGCGGGGCGAGGACCCCGCCCGCGCCGUCGACGUCGUGGACUACCGCAGCGAGAUCAUCAUCGUGCGCCGUCCGGUCGUCGGGGUGGACGCCAACGGCAGGGGGGCCUUGCUGAAGCAGCAAGUCCCGGACGACGUCAUGAUCGUCGACCCCGAGCCGGAGGACAAGUACCUCGCCGACGGCCUGGAGUCCCUCAACCAGCUGAUGUCCAGCCUCUGGGACGCCCUGCCCAAGGUGGGCGGUCACGUACCAGGGGAUCCAGAGCCGCAUCACAGUGGGCAAGAGGCUCACGGUGCAGCCUGCGCUGCACGGCGGCAGGGCCACCCACUUCACGGUGGAGCCUGCGCUGCCGCCGGGGCUCUGGCUGAACCCGGCCACAGGCGAGAUCUCUGGCCAGCUGCAGCCUGGCGUGGAGAUCCCGGCGAAGACGUACGUGGUCUCCGCCCAGAACAGCGUGGGCACCGCCAGGACCGAGCUGACCUUCGCGGUGGCGCCGCGGCCGCCGGGGCCCGUCACGUACCCGGACCUCCGGUCGGUCGUGUACGUGGGCGAGCCCGUGGCCUUCCUGCCCCGGGCGGGCGGUGGCCCGCCGAGGCUGUGGUCGUGCGCGCCGCCGCUGCCGGCGGGGCUCACGCUCGACCCGUCGACGGGCGCCGUGGCAGGGGUGCCCGCCUCCAGCUCGGCGCGGCGGCGGUACGUGGUCCGGGCCGAGAACGGCGGCGGCUGCGCCUCGGUCGCCAUCUUCGCCGCGCCGCCGCCCGCCGCCCUGUCCUACCGCGUGGAGCCGGGCCGCACCGAGGACGGCCCUUCUGGGGCCGCGGAGGCGCUGCUGGUGCCCGACUUGCAGCUGCUCCAGUCGAGCGACGGCGCCGAAGACAGGCGCCCCUGGUGCCCCGCGGCCGAGCCUGGCGUGGCCACCUUCUCGGUCGACCCGCCCCUCCCCGGCGGCCUGGCGCUGGACCCCCGCACGGGCGUGAUCGUGGUGAGCCCGUUGUCGACCGUGGAGCGCGCCACCUGGACGGUCACUGCCGAGACCGAGAGCGGACGUGUCUCCACCGACUCCGACCUGACUUUCGGGAUCCAGGCCGCCACGACGCUGGUGUACCCAGACGCCGAGGCGGCCUACUCGGUCGGGCAGCCAGUGCUGCUGGCACCGCGGCUGGACGCGGAGCUGGCGACGCCCGUCGAGUGGAGCGUGGAGCCGCCUCUGCCAGAGGAGGGCUGGUGCUGGAGGCCGCCAGCGGCGUGGUGUGGGGCCUGCCCAACCAGGCUGCGGCGGGCUCGCGUUACCGCGUCCUGGCGCGGGAUGCCGACGGCCGCGAGGCGACGGCGGUGCUGGAGUUCGAAGUGCUGCGUGGCCCCGGGGCGCCCGAGGGGGCGGUCGCCGCGGCCCCCGCUGGCCCUGCAGCGCCAUCCUCGCCGAAGGGAGGCUACCUGCGCCUCGCCGCGCUGGAGGACGACCAGGAGCAGUGA